CCGCCCCCUAUAUCUGGAGCGUUCAUCUGUGUCUAGUGUUAACACGCGGUUAAAACAUGUCACACACAUACCGCGGGGAUUAGUUACAGAGUACACAGCAUCUGGGAUUUUUGUUGUGUGUUCAACAUAAUACUUCAUCCUGAUAUAUAUUUUUCUUGAGUGGAACAGUCUUGAACUUAUUUAUCAACUGGAAAUUUUGUUUUGAUUGCGUUUCGACCUCGCAUUUUUCUCAACAGGAGGUCUGAUUAUUUUUUGUCAAAGUUGUGUUCGAUAUUCUAACAUUUCUAUCAAGAAAAUAGAUAUUGUGGAAACGUUAUCUGUGUUCUUACAUUGUAAAACGGACUUCUGUCACGAGCCAACAUUAAUUUAGACCGAGUAUCUUCUUAUUUUCAUCUAUGAACUUUAUUUUGCUUCGAAAGGAAACGCAACCGUACUUUGCAACUCUGUAUCUUAUAACUCAUAUAUAAAUUUCAAAGUGAAUUUGUGGUUGUUUACGUCAUAACAUUCUGAAAUAGCUAUCCAUUAAGGUUUGAAAAUAUAUACUUUUUUCAAAUCUGUAAGUGCUAUAUAAAGAUCGACACAUCCACUGGGGAAUCAACGUUCAGUUGUUAUCUAUCUGGAUUUCAUAGCAAAGCCCAGCUUUUGCAACCAGAAUGACAGACGAAGAUGAAUUCCUCAAAAAGUUUCUCAACUCCAUUGAAGCAUCUAAGGAUGACAAUAAGACGGAGACGGAUCCAUGUGUCGCUUGGAAAUAUGGCAGUGACAGUUAUAACGGGUCAGGAUUCAACGCAUCGGCAGAUAACAACUGCAGCAAAACUUUUGAUUUAUCAACCAUAAUCUUAAAUAACCAGAGCCUUACAUGGAUCAACGGCAGAGGUUCACUAGGCCAUGACUUUUUCACCUAUUUUACUCCUGUAAUUUUCACUAUUGGGCUCGUAGGGAACAUUCUGUCACUCAGGGUGUUCCUGACAAAGAACAUGCGCAAACUCUCCGCAAGUGUUUAUCUCGCCGCUCUUUCAGUGGCUGAUCUAAUGGCGCUUUGUUUCUAUGUCUUGACGGAGUGGAUUAGGCGGGGGAUUCCCGUUGAAAGUGGUCAAGUGACAGCGCCGUUUCUUGAACAAAAUGGCGUGUGUCAGAUCCUGGUUUACCUGCAAUACAUUUCGCGUUUUCUCUGCGCGUGGCUCGUAGCGUGUUUCACACUUGAGCGUUAUAUCGGUGUAUGCCAUCCACUCAAGCGAAAAGAUAUCUGUGACGUCAGAUCAUCCAGGAAAAUCGUGUUCACGCUGAUCAUCACGGCGUUCAUCGUCUGCUCCUUUAAACCCUUCUUGAGCGAGUCUGUCGUGGCGGGAAACUACAACGCGCCAACCUGUACGCGCAGUCAGGCCCACGCGGAUCUGUCGUUCGUGUUCGAUUGCGUGUUCGGAGUAUCGAUCACGUUUCUGCCUUUCGUCAUAAUCACUGUACUCAACGCCUUCAUCAUCCGGAAGUUGUUGAUUCGGAACAAACGACACCGGGAGUGCAAGGUAAUAACGGAGGAAAGCAUCAUCCGUCUGGAGUUCACAUUUAUCCUCAUAGCUAUAUCCUUCUGUUUUAUAGCUUUUAACGUUCCGUACUCCGUCGUGUGGUACAAGCUCUUCGUUCUGUCCCGUGACAGAUUCGAAAAAUUCAACUUCCUAGACACACAAGAUCUGCUCAACUUUACUCGGACGAUUUUUUACAUUAACUAUUGUAUCAACUUUUUCCUGUAUAGCAUCACCGGAGCCUAUUUCCGGAAAGAGCUCAAAAUGUUGUUCACCUAUAAAAGUAAAGCGUAUCAGAAUUAUCAUCGCUGUUCUGUGCAUAAUUCAAACUCCAACACACCCCAGUCAUGGCUGUGAACAGAUCGGAACCGGAAAUACAAAUUAUAAGGUCCGGAUGUACAUACUAUACAUAGGAGAAAAAUAAACCGACUGACGGACCGGAUAUUGAAAGGCGUGUAUAUACGGAUGUUAUCAUCAAUUCUAGCAUAUUUUGUUGAUGUUAUUCAGGACUAAAUGUCCUUGCCUUUUAUCUUACUUGUUUUUAAUGGAGAUUGGAAUCUAUUACCAUGUUCAGACGUUGUAAUGUUUGUAUCUAUAUUAUAUUAAAUUAUUGUAAGCUACUUCCUUUUCAUUUAUCUU